AUGGAACGCGGCGGCGGUGCGAGCCCCUGGGGAUCCAAGCCUAAAGACCAGUCCUCAUUUGCGUUUGGCUCGAAGAAGGAGAACGAGGAUGAAGAUUGGUUUGCACCGGGCGGAAAGAAGGACAAGAAGAAGAUCAGCCUUCUGGAUGAGUUCGGCACCUCGGAUCCUCCGCCGGCUGUUCCAGACGCUCCGCCGGCGGACGACUUUUGGGGCGCCAUCUCCAAGCCCAAGAAGGCGAACAAGAACAAUGGUCUUUUCGAUGACACUACUGACGCCCCCCCUCCUGUUACUGACGCACCAGCCGCUACGAGUAUGGACAACGACUUUGGAUGGGGACUUGGCACGGGUAAGAAGAAGAAAAACUCUAUUUUUGCAGAUGACGAACCCAAGGAAGAACCGAAAAAGGACGAAGGAGGCUGGGGUAUGUGGGGUGCCGGGAAAAAGAAGAAGAACUCGAUUUUUGCCGAUGCCGUUCCCGAAGAACCCAAGAAGCAGGACGACAUUUGGGAUACUUGGGGCGCCAAUUCUAAGAAGGACAAGAAACCGGCCGACGACCUCAUACAACUCGACGAUGCACCUGCGGCAGGAGGAGGCGGCGACGACGACUUCUUCAACUCAUGGGGCAAGAACGAGAAGAAGAAGGACACUUUCUCCUGGGGCGAAGAUAACAACGAUGAUUGGGAUCUAAGCACCAAAAAGGACCCCGCAGACGAAGCGCGCGAGGCCGAGGAAAAGGCAAAGGCAGACGCUGAUGCUGCGGAGGCCGCCUCAGAGGAGGCGGAAUUGGCAGUUCUCGAGGGCAAGAAAGCCAAGAAGGGCAAGCUUCUCAAGAAGGAAAAGGAACGGUACGAACUUCUCCGGGAGAAGGUAAAGAAGCGGGCUGAGGAGCAAGCCGCUCGCGAAGCUGACCAAGCCGCCGAAGCGGAAGCAGCAGCCAAAGCCGCCGAGGAGCAAGCGGCAAAGCAGGCCGAAGAGCAGGCCAAAAUCGACGCUGAAGCGCAAGCCAAGGCAGAUGCCGAAGCUCUCCAGGCUUCUGCUGAGGAAGAAGAAUUGGCAAAGCUUGAAGAGAAGAAAACCAAGAGGAUGGGGAAGCUACUAAAGAAGGACCAGGCUCGCUACGAUAUCCUGACAGCCAACUCUGAACGGCGCGCUACGGAGAAAGCUGCCAAGGAGGCCGAAGAGGCACCAGCUCCUGAAGUCGAGGAACCUCCCCCGCCACCGCCUGAGCCGGAAGAACCUGUUGUCGAUGAGGCUGAGAAAGCCAGGCUAGAAGCGGAAGCAACUCAAAUCGCCGCAGACACCGAGGAAUUGGAAGAACUCGAGGCAAAGAAGUUGAAGAGAAAUGGCAAGCUGCUCAAGAAAGACCAAGCGCGUUACACCAUCUUGAAGGAGGCUGCCGACCAGCGAGCGGAAGCUGCUGCCGCCAGAGAGAUCGAGGAGGCCGCUGCCGACCCAGCGCCCGCGCCUGAUGCUGAAGGCGAAGCUGCGCCUGUGCCGCCUGAAGCCCCAGACCCUCCUGCCCCUGAUGCCGCCGCGGCUAGUGCCGAUGAUGAAGCAGAAGCAGCCAUUGCUGCAAAAGAAGAAGCAGAGUUUGCUGAGCUCGAGGCGAAAAAAUCGAAGAAGAAUCGACUGGUUAAAUCGGAGGACAGAGAUCGCUACAAUGAACUCAAGGAGCGCAUCGACAAACGAGCAGCUGAUAGGGCGCAAAAGGAGGCAGAUGCUGAGGCAGAUGCAGCCGCUGCAGCAGCAACGACUGCUGAAGAACCUCCCGCCCCGGAGCCUGUCAACACAGAGGCUGAGGAUGCCGCUAAGGCCGCUGAACAGGCCCAAAUCGCAGCCGAGGAGGAGGAAAUCAAAGCUCUAGAAGAAAAGAAAGCAAAGAGAGGGAAAUUCGCCAAGUCGGCAGACAGGCUACGCUACGAGGAGCUCAAAGAGCGUGCCGACAAGAGAGCCGGGGAGAAAGCACAGAAGGAGGCAGAUGACGCCGCUGCCGCCGCCGAAGAGGAGACUCCUGCCCCUGAGCCCGAAGAGCCUCCUGCACCAGAGGUUGACGAAGCGAAGGCUGCUGAAGAUGCCGCCAUUGCUGCUGAAGAGGAAGAAUUGCAAUCGUUGGAAGCCAUGAAGGCGAAAAAAGGGAGACUGGCCAAAGCUCUUGAUCGUGAGCGAUACACUGAGCUCAAAGAGCGGUCCAUCAAGCGAUCUGUCGAAAAAGCGCAGAAGGAGGCCGCAGAAGCAGACGCCGCGGCAGCGGCAGAAGCAGCAGCAGCAGCUGAGCCUGUACCAGAGCCGGAGCCCCCUGCCGAGCCCGAGGCCCUUCCCGAGGAACCAGGGGAAGACCCAGCUGUUGUUGAGGCCGAGGAGGCAGAGCUGCAGGCGCUGGAGAAGACCAAGGCCAAGAAGGGCAGGCUUUCCAAGAGUGCAGAUCGUAUCCGUUAUGAAGAACUCAAGACUCGUGCGGCAGAGAGGGCUGAGAAAAAGGCAGCGGCUGAGGCAGCGGCAGAAGCGCCGCUGGAACCCGAGCCGGAGCCGGAGCCGGAGCCGGAGCCGGAGCCUGAGCCUGAGCCGGAGCCACCAGCUGAAGAGGCCCCAACUGAAGAAGCUCCUCCUGCUGAGGAGGGACUGGGUGAUGGAGAAGACCCUGCAGUGGUCGAAGCCGAAGAGCAGGAAUUGGCCGACCUAGAGGCGAAGAAAGCCAAAAGAGGAAAGUUGAAGUCCACUACGGACAAAGAGCGGUAUGCCGUGUUGAAGGAAAAGUGCGAGAAGAGGAGCGAGGCCCGAGCUGCCCAAGAGGCAGCUGCGCCCGAGCCUGUCGCUGAGGCAGCACCUGAAGCCGAGCCUGAAGCCGAGCCCGAACCUGCUCCAGAACCGCCAGCUGAGGAGGCGCCGCCGGACGAACCCACUGUGCCCGAGGAAGAUCCUGCGAUAGUCGAAGCCGAGGAGCAAGAGCUCGCAGACCUUGAAGCUAAAAAGGCCAAGCGAGGCAAAUUGGGCAAGACUGUCGAGAAGGAAAGAUACGCGGUACUCAAGGAGAAAGCCGACAAACGCGCCGAAGCCAAGGCAGCUGCAGCAGAGGCAGAUGCUCCGCCAGAACCUGAGGCAGAGGCCCCCCCGGAGCCGGAGCAGGAGCCUGCAGGUGGAGAGAUGCCAGAGGUGGACCCAGAAGAACCCGCGGCCGUCCCGGUCGAAGAUCCUUUCGAUGUAGCUGCCGAGGAACAGGAGAUGGCUGACCUUGAGGCCAAGCUAGCCAAAAAAGGCAAGCUUAAAUCCAGCGAUAAGGCACGGCUUGCUGUCCUGAAGGAGAAGGCUGAAAGCAGGGCGAAUGCCGCGGCACCUGCUCCUGAGCUAGAGCCAGAGCAAGAGCCAGAGCCCGAGCCUGCAGCUGCAGAAGAGGAACCUGCGCCGGAGGCUCCUCCAGAAGAGCCUCCCGUUCCUGCUGCUGAAGAUCCUGCAGUUAUCGAGGCCGAAGAGAAAGAGCUUGCCGACCUAGAAGUGAAGAAAGCCAAAAAGGGACGUCUCGCCAAGUCUGUAGACCGGGAAAGAUACGAAGAGCUGAAAAAGCGUGCCGACGACAGGGCGGAAGCCAAUGCAGCAGUCGAGGCCGAGGCUGAGCCUGCCCCCAAUGGUGCGGAGGGGGCCGGAGAGGCGACAGAUGAACCUCCUGCUGAGCUUGAGGCUGCUCCGGAGGCCGAUGAGGCUGACGUUGCCGCUGAAGAAGCUGAACUCGCCCAACUGGAGGCCAAGAAAGCGAAGAAGGGAAAGUUAUCGAAAAGUAGCGAAAAGGAAAGAUACGCUACCCUCAAAGAACGGUCAGACAAGCGAGCAGAGGAGAAAGCAGCAAAGGAAGCGGAGGAGCUGGCUGCUCGUGAGGCCGCUGAAGCGGAAGAAGCGGCGGCGGCGGCAGCGGCUGAGGCUGCCGCCAAAGAAGCAGAAAUUGCGGAGAUUGCGACCGAAGAGGCAGAACUCGCUGAUCUCGAGGCUCGCAAGGCCAAGAAAGGCAAGCUGUCCAAGAAGUCGGAGCGUGAGAGGUACGAGUUCCUCAAAGAGCGGGCUGAUGCGCGCGCUGCCGAGCAAGCUGUAGCCGAAGCACCCGCGGACGCAACCGCUGACGAGGAUCCCGCCGCCAUGGAAGCCGAUGAAGCUGCUGCGGCCCAGGAAGUUGAAGAAGCUGAAGCAGCUGAAGCAGCUGAAGCAACGGCCGCAGCGGACGAGGCAGCAGCAGAUGAUCACGAGCUCCAGGCUCUGGAAGAUAAGAAGAUUAAACGAGGAGGCAAACUGUUGAAGAAGGAUCGCGAACGCCAUGAACUCCUUCUCCAAAAAGUUGCCGAGAGAAAUGCAGCUCCGGGUGGCGAUGCCGAAGCCGCCGCCAAAGAAGCCGAAAUGGCUGCUGCUGCUGCUGCUGCCGCCGCGCAAGAGGAAGGGGAAACCGCUGCUCGCGAGGCGGAAGAACUGGCUGCAAAAGAGGCAGCCGAAGCCGAAGCCGAAGCUGCCGCGAAGAAAGAAAAGAAAAAGGAUAAGAAAUCUUCAAAGGAGAAGGAGAAGGAGGAGAAGAAGGAAAAGAAGAAGAAGUCCAAGGAUAAAGAUCCAGAGCCCGAACCGGAGCCGGAGCCAGCCCCAGAACCGGAGGCUGAAGUGGAGCCAGAGCCGGAGCCGGAGCUCGACCCGGCCGAAGUGGACGCAUUGCUGGAAGAGGUGGAUCGUGACCGCAAGCCGCGCGCAACGUCCGAAGCAUUCAGUUUCUGGGGCCUAGCGGGCUCCAAGAAGAAGAAGGCUCUGGAAGAUGCAAUGGACGGCGAGGAUGCGAUCCCGCCGCCGCCCCCUGCUGUCCCCGAUGCCCCCCAUUCUGCGUCUCGUCGCUCCUACGGCAGUCGGUUGACCGACCGACUGAGAGCUUUCGAGGCCUCGCGUGAAGAAGACCUUCCGGCGGAACCCGAGCCAGAGCCUGAACCUGAGCCUGAGGUAGCCGCGCCCCCUUCACCUCCACCAGAGCCUGUUGAGGAGAAGAAGAAGUCGAAAUCGAAGAAGAAGUCGUCAAAAUCUGCGGCAGCGCCUCCGCCGCCGCCGCCGCCACCGCCAGAGCCCGAAGCAGAGCCCGAACCGACACCUGCCGAGGAAGGCAGUUCAUCGGGGCUUCCAGGCGCUUUCCCCGAGGAAGAGCCUGAGCCCGAGCCUGCCGCCGAACCUGCGCCAGCCGAUGAUGAGAUUGUCGUCGAGAUAGCUCCCAAGCGAGAGAAAAAGAGCAAGAAGAGUAAGUCCAAGGCGAUGGCUGAUGCGACGAUUCCUCCGCCACCACCUCCGGUGCCAGACCCUCCGUCGGCAAUUGCCUCCCCACCGGACGGCGAGGAAGAGCCCCAGCCCGAAAAGAGGCGAUCCAAGAAAGAGAGAACGAGGAUUAGCCGUGAGGGUGGUUCAUCUUGGGGCAACUGGACUGCUGCCCCCGAGCCACCCGAAGAAGCUCCAGCGAAGGAGGAAAGGAAGCGAUCUUCGCGUACCAAGACCGAGAGAAGCUCCAAGCGAUCCGCCGAGAAGGAGGACAGGGAGAAGGACAAGGAGCGGGAAAAGAAAAAGACGUCCUCAAAGGGUUCCAACUCGGACAAGGCAGACCGCGCCUCUCGCUCCGACCGCCCAGACGGUCCUCCUCCUCGUCCACGGCUGGCAAGCAUGUUUACUAGUUCAACACCGCCCAUUUCACGCUCCAUGUCCACGCGAGAGAAGCGCCCCAGCAUGGGUCGCUCCUCACGGAGGAAUUCGACAGAUCAUGGUCUUGCGUCUCCACCCCCUGAAGAGGUACCGGAGAUGAGCUCCAAGGCAGCCAAGAUCCUGGGAUUCGGAAGCUCCAAGGCCGGCACCAGUGAGCGCAGGAAGUCGCGUAAAUCGCGUUUACCUGAAGAUGAGCCUCUCACGGAAGCCGAGGGCAGUCUCGGGCGGUCUGAACCCAAGUCGGAGCGCCGUCGUUCAAGAAAGCCUACCAUGGAAGGCGACGAGCUGAUGCCCGAUGUGCCGCCAACACCACCCGUGGAAACGACUCUGAAGCGCAAGGCAGGUAUCUCCGGGCUGUUCAGCGGCCUAAUGACGCCCAAGGCUGACCGCCCGGAGCGUGGUGGACUGCAACGUCGUAGCACCUACGCAACAACUGACGACGAAGCUCGUGGGCCACCGCCACCUCCUCCUCCUCCUCCUCCAGCAGAAGCUGUGCCAUCGCCUGUCGACGACCCCGAACGUGAGGCACGCCGAGCCGCGCGACGGGCCAAGAGGGCGGAGCGUGAUGCAGCAGCAGCAGCUGCUGCUGCUCCAGCAGAAGAGAGCGCACGCAAGGCCAAGGACGAUUCUCGGCGGGAGCACCGCAGACGCGAUGAGGAUGCCGAGAAGGAGGCGCGCCGGGCGGAACGACGGGCUGCUCGUCAGCGAGAGGAGGAGCAACGUCGCGAAGAGGAGGCGAAGGAGGCGCGCCGGGCAGAGAGACGUCGCAUUCGCAGGGAGCGGGAGGCUGCCGCCAUGGCAGCCGAACAAGCCGACGAGGGUGCCCCCCGGUCUUCGAAACACGAGCGUCAUCGAUCGCGCCAGGUCGAUCCGUCAGAGGACGAGGCCGAGCGGCGUCGUAGGCGCGAUGAACGUCGUGCGGCCAAGGAAGCCGCAGCAGCAGGCCCAGAACGCAGGAAGAGCAGCCGCCGCCAUGCUGAGGAGACUGGGGAUGAAUCAGCAUACCCCCGAAAGCAGCGGCGGCGCGAGCGGGAGAGCGCCGCUUGGCCUCACUCGGGAACAUCAUCCUGGGUCAAGGAUCACUCGGACGCACCGCCGCCUCCUCCACCUGAGCAGGCCGAGGACGAGGAGGCGCGGCGCGAGGCUCGACGGGCACGGCGGCGCGCUCGCGCAGCGGAACUGACGGCAGACGAGACAGACGACCCACGCCAUCGCCGACGCCGAGAAGACAGGGAGCGUGAGAAGCGCGUGGCCGCUUCGGAAGGGAGCGACGAGCGCCACCAGAGCCGCCGCAACUCCUUGUUCAUGGACACUGGCGCGAGCAUGAGCGCUACGCCCCGGACCAGCUGGUGGAAGAAGCUGGCGGGAUGA